AUGGCAAUUUUUAAAUCAAUUUCAUCUAUUUCAAAUUCAACAGUCUCAAUAGGAAGUACAAUUGGUGCCUCAAACCAAACUGGAUCAAAUAUCAAUGACAAUUCAAUUGCAUGUUUUGAUGGUGGUUUACGUGGUAAUGGCGGCUUUAAUGGUGGAUGGGGUGGUAUUGGUGGUUUUAAUGGUGGCUGUGGUGGUUCAAAUGCCAAUAUCAUAAACCUUGAUAUUGAUAUUGGUCGUCGUCAUCAUCGUCGUCAUUGUUGUUAA